GAAACUUCUGUGGCUUUCAACCCGAUUCUCACUGGGCAUUGUCGUACUACGUGAAUGAUUCUCCCUUCUAUUUGCUGUUUCAACCAGCCGUGAGCAUAGUAUUGUGGGGAUAGAACAUUGUGUAGCAUACAUGCUUGACAAGUCUCGCUACAUGAUAAGAACGGAGUAGACCGCUGAGGUUUCAUCCUUCUGUUCGACCGACUAGAGCGCAACAAGGCGCUUCGUGGGUCAGAGCAGAUGAUUGUGGUCACGGCCGUCGAGCAGCUCGUCAUAUUCGUCGUCCUCGCGUUUCUUCAUGUUUUCGUCUCCCUCUUCCUCCGCCGUCCCGACGGCUCCGUGCGGCGAUGGCUGGAGGACAACAUGUUCAUGUCCACGUCGUGCAGCGAAUCCUUCUCGGGCGGCGUCGCCACACGAGACGUGCUGAUCAAUCCCCGCACCCGCCUUGCAGCUCGCCUCUUCCUUCCCCGCGCUGGUCUAGUCGCCGCCACCACGGGAGUGCGCCCGACCUUAUGUGUGGCGUGCUACCGCUUCCUGCGUCGCUGCAUGCCGUCGUGGUGCUGCCUGUUCGCCCACGACUGGGACGAGGACCCCGACACCGCCGUCCACCCCACGCUCGACGCUGACGUCAUCGACCUCGGAGAUGGGCCCGCCGGAGCAGUUAGCGCCGCAGUAGCGGCGUCCUCUAUUGGGCAGGUUUGCGGCGAAAGUUUGGAGUCACUUGCGCGCCGAGCCCGUUUGCCCGUGGUGGUGUUUUUCCACGGCGGCGGGUUCACGUACUGCACUGCCGCCUUCCGGGCCUACGACUUCUUCUGCCGCCACCUCGCGCUGCUCGCGGGCUGCGUCGUCGUCAGCGUCGACUACCGCCGCACGCCCCGCACCCGCUACCCCGCGCCAUACCUGGACGCGCUCGAGGCUCUCGCUUGGGUGGGGCAGCAGACGGGGGCAUGCGCGGGAGACGAGGUGUGGCGGGCACAGGGAGGUGGGCGGCAAGUGGGUGUGGCGUGGCCGCGCACGGAAGAGACGAUGGAGAGUGUAAUGGGAGUGGACGAAAGCGACGGUGCGACGCCAGGGGUGGAGCCUUGGCUGCGGCUUUAUGGCGACAGCAGGCGGGUGGUGCUGAUGGGCGACAGUGCGGGUGGUAACAUUGUGCACAACGCACUUCUCAUGCUGCUGCAACAGCCGCUCGACCUGGCGUCGGCCGUAGGCUCGCCAUUGCACCACGCAGCAAAGCCUGCAGUGUUGACAGGAAGCAAGGCAUUUCGGGGAGCAGCAGGUGAAGGCAAGUCGGCAGCAGCUGUUUCUGACGGCCCCGCCAUUACACCGUCAGCCGUGUACGCGGGACGCGGGCAGCCGGUGACGGCAUUUGGGCUGACUAUAUUGGGGAACGUGCUCAUCUGCCCGUACUUCGGGUCGGAGCAGCGGACUGGGUCUGACGUGCAGUGGCAGCACAGCCUCACGUUCAACCUGCGCAACACGGACCUCGCGUGGCAAGACUUCCUCCCGCCGGGCUCAUCAAGAGACCACUACGCAUGCAACCCGUCAAGGCUGGCGGACUUCAGCACACUGGCCCUGUUCCCUCCCACGGUGGUGGUGGUGGCGUCACAGGACGUGCUGCACGACCAUGGCACGGCGUACCACGCGCUGCUGCGCCGCCACAAGGCGCCGUGCACGCUGCUGCGGUACCACGCGGUGCACGACUUCGUGGUCAUCUUCCCCAAGCUCAGAGAGAGUGAGAGAUGCUUUGGUGCGCUUGCAUGCUUCAUUGAGGCGCUCAAGGCCUUGUGAAGAAUGGGCGCUGCAACCCAUGCCUAGAGACUGACAUCAUGUGUGAAGUAAUGCAUACUAACACUAAUAUAAGGGUUCCCCAUUGGUCCAUUACAAACUACCAAGCCAAAACCAAGAUGAGUAAUUGCUGGGGUGAAACUUCACGGUGCCUGUGCACUGAGCACUGUAGAGAUUCUGGACAUGAGUGUUGGGCUGAGAAAAGCCCUUAGGAUCUUUCCAGAGACUGAGUCCCAGUUGUAGAAUGAGAC